AAUCAUAUCCAGUUCUAUUCUUCUUCCUCAUUUUCUUUUCUCCAGGAGUUGAGCUUCGUUCUUGAUUAAGAUAUUUUUAGUUUCGGUGAAGAAUUUGAAGAGUCUUCAAGAAAGGGACAGAGGAAGGAGUCAUUAGAUUCACUUAUACUUGUGUGUGUUGAGUUUUGUAAAUUAGCUUUUAUCAAAUGGAGUUAGGAUCUUCAAUUGGGCCGUGCUUCAAGUCAGCAAACCCUCCUGUACUAACCUCUAGGAACACCAAUCUCACGUUGAGAAGGAGAAGUCAAAGAUUCUCAUUCAGCGUCUCUGCUGUUUCGUAUAAGGACUUCGCCGAGUCUGCUCUGCAAGAAACCAGGAAAAGGCUCGUUCUUGAGCCUUCACCUCUCCAGGAAAGGUACAGUAGCAUGACUGGACUUGAUGGGAAAACCCAACUUGAAAUGCUUGCUUUCAAGUCUCCAAAGAUUAGACUGUUGCGGAGCAUGGCCAUUGAGAACGAGACGAUGCAGGUUUUUGACUUUGCUGGUUUCAUGGAGCCUGAGUAUGACACACCUAUAUUCUGUGCUAACUUCUUCACAUCUGCCAACACCAACAUAGUGGUGCUGGACCUGAAUCCUUUGCAUCAGUUGACUUACCAGACAGAUUACCAAGACAAGUAUUACAAAAACAUAAUGUCCAUAUACCACAAAUAUGAUGAGAUUUUCCCAUGGGGAGGUAAACUAACCGGUGAAUCCAUAAAGUUUUUUUCACCUUUGGUGAUGUGGACCAGAUUCUCGUCUAGCCAAGAGAAGCACAAGGCUUUGUUCACUGCGUUUCUUGAAUACUAUCAGGCAUGGUUUGAGAUGACGAUACAAGUGAAGGAGGAGAUGGAGCCAUCUCAGGUGAGAGCUAAUCGUGAAGCACAGCACAAGUACCUGACAUGGCGAGCACAAAAGGAUCCUGGACAUGGUCUUCUUAGAAAACUAAUUGGUGAAGCUAAGGCAAAGGAGUUGCUGAGAGAUUUUCUGUUCAAUGGGGUGAAUGAGUUGGGCACAAAAACAUUCAUUGAUUACUUUCCAGAGUACCAAACAGAAGAUGGAGCUGUGAGUGACAAAAGAAGCAUCGUUGGGAAGUCUUUUGAAACUCGGCCAUGGGAUUCAAAUGGGCUAUUCAUCGGCUAAACAACAGCAGAACAUGAAGUGAACUUGAGGAAGUAGGAGGAAUAAGAAAAAAAACAGCAAGAAGAGUCUCUCUCAGCUAUGUGUGUUAAUACUUUAGUAAGCAUCUUCAUAUGAGUGUUUUUGAGUUACCAACACUGGUUAGUUAAUGUGUUGUUACCAUUGUUUAUACUCUGUUGGUAAAUUGCAUGAUUGUCAUCACCAUUUUUUUUUCCUUUCCAUUAGAUAUAUCAACAAUCAAACUGUUUGCAGUUUAUAUUUAUGAUUUUGUAUUAUUUAUCAAGCUGUUAUUGUUUAUUCC